AAAUCAACUAUGCAGUGAUAUGCAAUAUUUUUAUUACGCAAAAUUUCAAUAGAUUCGAUAAAUAAUCACUUAAUAAAAGACGCAAAAACCACAUCAGUCAGGAUCCAACCUUGUCAUGUGAUCAAUUCCAGAAAUUAAAAUGGCCGUCUCCGCAAGACACGACAGAGGAAGUAUUAAGAUAGCGCCAGAUGCCAUUGUUUGUGAAGAAUGUACUUUAGUAGGAGAAAUAACAAUUGGAUCAAGAACUGUGGUUCAUCCAAAAGCUAGAAUAAUUGCUGAAGCUGGUCCAAUUGUAAUAGGAGAUUUUAAUAUAAUAGAAGAACUUGUCACAAUUAAAAACAGGAACACAGACAGUUCACAAAAAGCACAAGUUCUGAUUAUAGGAAAUAAUAAUGUAUUUGAAGUUGGUGCCGAGGUAGAAUGUUUAAAAAUUGGAGACAAUAAUAUAGUUGAAUCUCGGGCUCAAGUGGGGUCUAAUGUCGAACUGACAUCUGGUUGUAUUAUUGGAGCUAUGUGUAAUGUAUCUUGUAAUGAAAAAUUAGCAGAAAAUACUGUUAUAUAUGGUUCUAAUUGUGAAAGAAGGUUUCAAAGAGAUAAACCUCCAGCACAAGGUUUACAGAUAGAUUUCUUGUCAAAAAUUCUCCCUAAUUAUCAUCAUUUACGAAAGCCUCCAAAAUCUCAAAAAGCUUGAUAAAAGUGAAUGAAGACUGUUCUUAAAGUUUUAACAACUAUUGGCAUAGGGUGCAAUAUUGGCUCUGCUAAUUAUUUAUUAUUUUUUUCAUUUUAUUUCUUCAUCAGUUGGUGAUUUGUAACAUAUUUUACUGUGAAUUUGAAAAAUAUCUUUAUGAACUGUCUUAUACAUCAUCUUAAUAUAAUAUUUUCUUCAAGGUUAUGCUAAUUACCAAAAUUUUGUAACCUUUUAUUAUGUAGAUUGAUUCAGAUAUUCACUGAUAUAUAAACUUAAAUUUGUUGAGAUUUUUGAUCUGCCAGUAUAUUUUAUACCAUGAUAAGUAUGAAUACCCUCAACUAGGAUUUACUGGUUGUGUAAUUCGCUUUGAGUGAAAAGUAGCAUUUAUCAAUAUAAUAAUUGACCAUUUUAAGAUUUUGAUUUAAGUCCAUCUUGACCUAUCUAUGUAUGUAAUGAAUCAUGUCAAAUACACAAUGGGCAAGGAAGUGUUUGUGAUUUAUAGAAGAUGCAUUUCUGGCUAAAAAAAACACGAGGGGUAUGUCAUCAAAACAUGAAUUACAUUAUGGAAAUGUUAAACAAAUAUUUUUGUUUUAAAUAAAUGUAUUUAAAUAAAUAAAAUGAUGAUAAAAAUUCUUACAAUAA